AUGCAAACUCGUGCCGACUCAAUUUCAAGAGUCUGGGAAUCCCCGAUGCUUGUGUCGACUGGAUAUGAUAAUGUUGACAUUGAUAAAUCCUCGUUAGCUUCAUCAGUGUUCAAGACACCCGUCUGUGCACCACUCUUUUCUCCUCGAGAUGACUCCGAACCUAGCGUCGAUAUGAAAAGAGAUAUGGUUAUCCGAAAGAAAGAAGACGGACAAGACGAAGCGAUGUUUUCAUGUGUCGAAUAUUUCUCGGACAUUAUCAAGUACAUGAUGCACCGUCAGAUGAGAAACCGCCCGUCGCCCAACUAUCAAAACGGAGUAAACGAAGAAAUGCGGACGAUUCUGAUUGACUGGUUUCAUGAUAUCGUGACGGAGUACAGUUUGAAGCAAGAGACAUUUCAUCUGGCCUGUAGUCUAGUCGAUCGAUUUCUCUCUAUACUCAAUAUCGACAAGGACCAAUUCCAGCUUGUUGGGACAACGUGUCUUAUGAUCGCUACAAAGUACGAAGAGGUCUUCCCGCCGGAGAUUCGAGAAUUCUCGAUUAUCACGGACAACACUUACGACGUCGAUGAGAUUCGUCGAAUGGAAAAGUUCCUCCUAGCACAAUUGGAUUUUGAUGUCGCCCAUCCAACUGCAGCGUGGUUCGCAGCCUGUUUUGGAAAGAAAAUGAAGUUUACAGAAAAGAUGACAAAGACAAUGAGAUAUCUAGUCGAUCUUUCCCUUCUUGAUGUCCAUUUUCUGAGAUACCGACCCUCGGACAUUGCCGCUGCCGCUGCUUGUUUUGCAAAUGUACAAUUGGGUCGAGAAGCAUGGCCGAAGGAGAUGAUCCAAGCAACUGGAAUCGACACAGAUGACUUUAUUGAUGUGCUGAAAGACCUUCAUCACACGUAUAUCAAUGCUCCAAUAUCGAAAAACAAGUCGAUUUUCAACAAGUAUUGCGAGACGGAUGAAAUGGAAGUUGCUCUUCUUUUUGCACCAACGUACUAA